CUCCAGCAAACCUAACCUAAUUGAAUUUCACACAUUCUACCCAUUCUGCAUUCUGACCCGAAUAACUAGGUCUCCUCUAAUUACACAUGAUAACCCCCCCUCUCUAAUUCGGGCUGCCCUAACCUAACUUAGACGGACCGCGGUGUACACUAGCAUCUCCCACUUGCUCGUUUGCUUCUUCGCUUACAUUUUUAUAUCUCCAUAUCUCUAUAUCUCUAUAUUUCCAAAGUCCAAAUACAUCUAAAUACAACCUGUGGAAGUUAGCGGAUCUUACAAUACUUGCAAGAAAACAAACAAACGUAAUUCUUCUUUAGUGUCACCGAACGUUCGAGGCCCUCUUGCCAUAGCCCCCUUCUCAUAGCCCUUCUUAUUGGUGUGCUAGUUUGCUGCUAGCUGGCGUCCACUGGUUUUCCUGCAACAGCUCUUCUAAGAGGAAGAAGGAAGAGAAGGCAAAACAAAACCAGUGCUCCUAAGAGAGGCAAAGAGGUAACUUAUUUUUACUUCGCCCCUUGCGUAAGGACUUCGCGAAUGUUGCAGCUCGAUUCAUGGCCGCCGACUAGUAAAACCUUAAUAACUCACCUGCCGGAUUCAUUCUCCCUCCCUCUAAUCCUUAGCGACCGAUCGACCGUAUAUUGUAGCUCAUGGGCCUUCUUCUAUUCGUGCCCUCUGCUCCGGCGAUAUGACGCCUCUAGAUGCCUUGAGCACCCCGAGUCCUAUGCCCCCCAUAUCUACGAUCCCGGAAUCCCCCUCUCCUCCAGAGUCUCCUCCAGAGAUCCUCCCGCUGCCGAAUCGGACCCCGGACGACAACGACGACAACUAUCAGCCGCCCGCCUGCUCAACCGAGCAGUCUUAUUUCCCUUGGGAUGGCGACCCUCUCUCCGCUAGUACCAAUCGCUUGUUGCGAGAUAACCAUAACAUGUCGCCGAUGAAGGAAAAGCGAUCCGCUUCAGCUAGUCCUCUGAGACUGACGAUGCCCUUCAUAUCCCCCGGCCAGCUCGCCUUCUCCGCUAUGCAAUUUUUACCCGUGCCUCUGCUGGUCCUAAAUAACCUGAAGACUGUUGUCCUAGCAAACGAAGCUAUGGGAAAGAUGUUAGGCAUGGUGGGCGACUCGCCUCCACCGAUGGACGACCCGGCUAUAAUUUGCGAGUCCCUCCGCGGGCAGACUCUCUCGCAGAUCGGCAUCGACAUGGUGCAGGAUGGUAGACCGGUCUGGGUUUCGUGGGACUAUUUCUUGGAUGAAUUAGUGCUCGAGAUGGGCGCGAGGCAGGCAACAGGAGGCCCGGCAUCGCAUACUAAUCAUGCCAAUGGUGCCAAUGGAGCCAAUGGAGAGGCCGCAGGUACGGCAGACGGUGCGAAAGUAGAGCCGCCCUGUGGCAAUCUGGGCAAGCCGGCAACAGAUUCUGUUGUUGAUGUCGUGGUGCUCCCCAAGAGUAUAAACUUAUCGGAAAUGCCAAAAUCGAAGCGAGCUGAGCUUCAGACAUAUGCCAAGAUGAUAAUUACGAUAUGGGAGAUUGAAAACCAUCAGACCUACUAUACUUUGACCUUCACCAAUACAGGCUCGGGACCCUCGUCCAUCCCGAGUAGACGAGUUCGUGUCGCCCGACCUUCUACGCUCGAGGCCGCUGAGCGUAAAUCCAUCCUAAAUUCUAACCCCCCUUCUCUCGGCUCCGGUCACUCUUCCAGCUCUCCCUCAUUCACCAAUAGUCCUAGCUCGGUCUCGGUCUCGGCAAGCCUGUUUCCACCUAUGGGGCCCCCGUCCCGUUUGCCUCCGUCAAGCACUCCGUCGUACCUCCAGAAGAUGAUUGUUAUUAAGGAUGCGCUUCUCGAUAAGACCGAAACACCGAUAUUGUCUAUGUGGGUGGACGGUAGUGCCCCAGUUAUGAAUAGAGCAGCCCGAGACCUCUUUAAGAACGUCACCGGAGAGGAGUGUAACGAUGGAAACGAUAUGCUGUCUCGGUGCGAGAUUUGGGACGGAGACUUUACAAGAAAGUAUGCCCCGUCUGAGCUUCCCAUUGCCGUACUUUUACGAGAUCGAAAACCAUUUUCUGCGUGGAGAAUCGGCAUGCAUGACAGGACGAAAGAAACUAAAAUUGUAUACGACGUGCUGGGCGAACUGAUUACUAGCGACGAGACUGGAGAAGUCAUUGCUGGUAUUAUAACUUGCCGAGACGUAACUCAUCUAGCCCAGGAGAUCACGGAUAUAAAGGUCGCGGACGAGGAAAGGUUCAAACUAAUAUGCGACACCAUGCCUCAAAUGGUCUGGACAACCACAGCUAACGGAGUACCUGAUUUCUUUAACCGUCGCUGGUACGAUUAUACGGGUCUGUCGGUUGAAGAUUCCCUGGGUCACGGUUGGAAAAACCCGUUCCACCCCGACGAUAUGCUUGCCACAUGGAAACGAUGGGAGCAUAGCCUAGCUACGGGGGAAGCUUACGCUACCGAAUACCGAUGCCGUAGCAAGGAUGGUGAGUGGAGGUGGAUGCUAGGACGUGCGUUGCCGCUGAGAAAUAAACGCACAGGUCGGAUCGAAAAAUGGUUUGGGACUUUUACGGACGUUCACGAGGCCCUUGAAGCGAAGAUGGCCGCGAAGCAAACUAGAGCGCAACUUCUUAGCGUCCUUACGCAUGCGCAGACAACGAUCUUCUCUGUAGAUCUCGACCUCAAGCUGACGAUGUUGGAAGGCGCGGUGUCUUGGAUCUCGGGGAAGGACAAUACAGCAAGCGAUGAUGCUAACCGGCAUGAUCCGCCGACAUAUGUUGGAAAAUAUAUCGACGAAGUGUUUAUGAGCCUAAACCCGAGCCUACUUCCGAGCGAGUUUUCUGCAUUCCUCGAACCCGUAAGACGUAUACUGUCUGGUGAGCUGACAACAGAGACCGUACACGAACACAAGCUAGAUGAUCGGUUUUACCGCACUAGGUUUCUGCCUCACAUCGAGAAAACCUCGCAGGAUGGUCGGACUAGUAAAAUCGAUAUCAAAGGCGCUAUUGGCGUCGUUAUGGAUGUUACCGAACUAAAAAAGCGAGAGCAAGAUCUGGAAGAGCAGGUCAAAGAGAAGAGACAAUUAAAAGCCAACGAAGCAGCAGCCAAAGAAGCAAGCCGCCUAAAGAGCCAAUUCUUAGCAAAUAUGUCUCAUGAAAUUAGAACACCGAUUACCGGCGUAAUAGGGAUGGCUGAGCUUCUUCUAGACUCGCCUCUAGACGACGAACAGCGGGAAUAUGCAGAGAACCUAAGUCGGUCCGCGAAUGCCUUAUUAACCGUCAUCAACGACAUUUUGGAUUUCUCUAAAGUCGAGUCUGGCCGCCUCGAUAUCGAAGAAGUCCAGUUCUCCCUCUCCGUGGUAGUGCAAGAUGUCUCUAAGAUGCUGAGUUUCGCAGCUGGGAGGAAGAAUCUGGAUUUUCGCUCUGAUAUAUCGAACGACAUCGAGAACGACCUCGUAGUUCUUGGUGAUCCGGGCCGCGUCCGGCAGAUUAUUACGAAUCUACUUACUAACAGCAUCAAGUUCACCAGCGGUGGUUACGUUAAAUUCUCUGUAUGGAAAGAAAAAGAGACAAACGACGUAAUUGAGAUAAAAUUCGUUAUUGAGGACACUGGUAUCGGAAUCGAAGAAGACGUUCUGAAACGUCUAUUCCAGCCAUUUAGCCAAGGAGACCCCUCUACAGCUAGGAAAUUUGGAGGGACAGGGUUGGGAUUGACGAUCUCGAAGAAUCUGGUCGAUCUAAUGCGUGGAAGGAUUACGCUGGAAUCCACGAUCGGCAAUGGCACCACUGCGACAUUCUGGAUACCAUUUAACAAACCGCAGACUCCGCAGAGGGAUGCGCUCGUCGAUAUUGGUCGCCUACCCGAGCGACUACAGUCCGAGAUGAGCGUUUCGUGUAAUAGUUCGGAACAUGAAUAUUUCUUAGGAACGCCGCCGGCAGACCUAUUACAGGGCGCGCUAGAUAAGCCCAGGCGGCAUCGAAAGAGACCUGCUAAUUUACUGGCGCCGUUCGCUUUUGAAAGCGAAGACCUCCCCAGAUCCGAACGUGCCAAGGUGCAAAUACUUGUUGUCGAGGAUAACGCGGUCAACCAACAGAUCGCAACUAAGACUAUCAGGAAACUUGGCUUCAACGUUUGUGCGGCCUGGAAUGGCAAGGAAGCGCUUGAAUAUCUCGAGGCGUGCAGGGAGGGAAGGUUCGUUAAGCCAGAUAUCAUCCUGAUGGACGUACAGAUGCCCGUGAUCGACGGAUAUAAGUGCACGCACAUACUGCGGCACCACGUACCAUACAAGAGCUACACUAAUGACGUGCCCAUUGUGGCCAUGACUGCUUCGGCGAUACAAGGAGACAGAGAAAAGUGCACGAAAGCCGGUAUGGAUGACUACCUGUCUAAGCCUGUGAAGAGCAAUAUACUUGAAAGGAUGCUAGUGAGGUGGAGUAAAUCCCGCCGCAAGGUAGAGUCGAUCUCGUCUUCCUCAGCCGACCCGUCUACUUCGGACUGUUCGGAUUCCGCGGGCGGAUGUAUCAGCGCCGACAUACCUACACCAGCCACGUAUGGCGUCUCCAGUCAGAAUCCGAAAACGCCAGAGGAGCGUCCAGAGCAAGGCAGUCUAGAUGGCGCCGGGGAAGACGACCGCACAAAUCUACUAACACCGAGACCGACCAACGCGCGGGCGGGCUCGCACGAGAUCAAUACAUUCCCCUUUGGGAUAUCUAAGCCAUCUAGGCAGCUUAACAGUGAUGAGCUGGCUAUGCAGCUGCGAGAUGAUAAGCUCAUCGACGCCGCAGAUGAUAGCAACGGCAAGAACACGGCAGGACAGCCGCCUAUGUCCCACUCAUUCCCGGGUGGCGAUUCGUUGACGGAAGAGAACGUGCAGAAACUCGAGAAGGUGGGCGCGAGAAGCUCACCCGUUAGGGAGAUAUACGAUUUUGAAGAGACACCGACGUGACCGUAAUGAAAUAAACAGGUCGAUUUUGCUGAUUUCCACCCACAUAUACGAUGAGGGCUUGGGGUUUAGGUUAACUAGGGCUGAUAGCAUCUGAUUCGAGAUAAUCUGUUUUGUCUAGGGAGCUGACUGAUACACGGUUCUGCGCACUCCCUGGUAUCUUUUCUGCGGCCGGCGUUAAAAGAGGAACGGGACCGGGCUGGAUAGGCUGGCAUUGGUUGUUGGCACGGGGGCGGUUAUGACGCAUUUCGCUUCGGAGGGAUAGGCUCACCGGCUUGGGCAGGCGUUGGUGGAUGGGACGGGUCCUACUGUGUGGGCAAAUAGGCGUGCAUGACGGUUGCUUCAAAGGGCUUUUUAUGCAUUGGGGUUGAACGAUCUACCUAGCUUAAUGUCUACAUGUAGCUAGUAACUUACUUACUUACCUGAGGUACCCGUGCUGUUUGCGCGUAUAAGGGGUUACCGUAUUGGUUAUUUAUGGCGCGUGGUGUGGUAUGGCACUUUUGCUUACCCACGCGCCUCUUGGAGUAUAUAGUACCUAGUAAUUCACGAUAGCUUCGCUUCGUAA